CGUUUGGUUACAAAACCAUCUCAAAUAAAUGCAAGUGUUUUCCCUUGUUAUUAAAAACAUUUCACGCUGUAAUCCAUUGUAAUUUAGUUGUCUUUCUUUAUCUUUAGCGGGUGCAAGUCCUUUCGAUGUUGGUUAUCUAAUAGCAGCAAAGUAAUUGAGCGGAACGAAGGGGUCCCGUUGUACGGCAAGGACCCGGAACCGAGACGUUCCGUAACCAAGCAUCAUCCCUACAGACGAGUGAUAAACUUCAACUGUUUCCCAACAUGUUCCUCAAACAGUUGGCCGGCUUGUUAAAGCCCUCGACAAUAACCACGCUGAUUGAGCCACUCAAAUCGGUGCCACUAACCGCGCGGUGGACCAACGUGCCCGCAUUUACGAAUCUUCGUUGGAACAGCACCAGCGCUGCCGCAGCCAUCCCAGCAGACAAGUCCACCAUCGACACCGUAAACAAGCAGGUAGCAACCGGAUCGGAAGGAAGGUUGUUCGCCGUCGUUCAGCUGUGUGGCAAACAGUUUAAAAUCACUUCCGGCGAUAUCAUCGUCGUUGAAGGCUACUGGCCUCCGGAGAACGGCGACAAGUUGCGGUUGGAUAAGGUGCUGCUAGCGGGAAGCAAAGACUUUUCGCUUAUCGGUCGGCCGCUGCUAACACCCGGGCUGGUGGAUGUGCAAGCUACCAUUAUCGAGAAGACACUUUCCCACACCCGCACACAUUUCCGCAAGAAGCGCCGAAAGCAGUACACUCGCAUCAAUUUCUACCGCACGCAACAGACGAUGAUUCGGAUCAAUUCGAUCGACAUUACGCGAAAGCUGAGCGAAUCAAGCGCGGGUGAAGAGGCUAACGAAGAGCGAUUUUUCUAGUUGGUUGGCGUGCUCCAUGUUUUAAUUUGUAAAAGCUAGAAAUGCAAAAGUUCAAUAAAUAAUCGAACUUGCUAUCGUCGUUAAAGCA